CCUUCUAUAAUAAAUUUCGGCUCUCUCAUUCCUCUCUCCCUCUUGCUCAAUGCUUUACAAUACAAUAAAAUCAAAUAUUAGUCUGAUAGAUUGAGGAUUCUUCAAACUUAAGGUUUGUUUGUCUGAAGGCUUAUUGAAAUGAUAUUCUCUUAUGACGUUUCACAUAAAUUCCAUCUUUCAAUUCAGGAUUUCUUUUCUGUUUGAGGAUUAAUUGGAGCUCUUGAGUUAAAGUUCAUAACUGGUUUGAGCUUAACUGAAAUGGGUUGGUCUUAGAUCUUUAAAAGAUUCUCCCAAAAAAAAAAAUAAAUAAAUAAAAUCGUAUGCCCCCUUCGUGGAAGAAUAGAUAUAUAAAUAUGGUGGAAGCCAAUCAGAAAGCAUAGAGAGGAAAGAGUGUCAUUUUCAAUUCAAUGCAAGCAUCACGACGUCAAGCCAGAUCAAGAAUGUCUAAUGCAUUGCAAUAUCUGCGCGUACAAAAGUUGGGGUCAUAUUUUUCUGGCGAAGAUUUAAGCUACAAUAAUAGCAGCAAUGGGGGAAAUAGCUUCUCUAUUCAAAUCUCUCAAGACCAAUAUUGCACACUAGAGUCAUCCCCAAUGAGCAUUAAUUGCACUCUUUAUAACUCGCCGUCUAUUGUUAAUUUCUCGCCAGACGAUAGUCCCAUGUCCAAGCCACAUAUUUCGCCAGACACUAACUAUGGCUCCCCUACAAGUGGAUCUUGCAUAACCGAAGAUGUGAAUGAUUUUAGGCACAAACUAAAAGAACUCGAGACUGUAAUGUUGGGACCUGAUCUUGACAUUCUCGAAACUUACAAUAAUACCUUAUCGAGCAAUACUAUAGCGUCACCAGAUAUAGACAGUUGGAGACAAAUGAUGGAGGCCAUUCACAUAGGGGACUUGAAGAAGGUACUUAUUGCCUGUGCGAAAACAAUAUCAAAUAAUGAUUUGUUGAUGGCACAAUGGCUGAUAUCUGAGUUGCGUCAACUAGUGUCAGUUUCUGGUGAACCAAUACAACGUCUGGGAGCUUACAUGUUGGAGGGGCUUGUCGCCAGGAUGGCUUCUUCGGGGAGUACCAUCUAUAAAUCUCUAAGAUGCAAAGAACCUGCUAGUUUUGAGCUGCUAUCUUAUAUGCACAUACUAUAUGAGGUUUGCCCGUACUUCAAGUUUGGAUACAUGUCUGCAAAUGGUGCCAUCGCAGAAGCUAUGAAGGAUGAAAAUAGAGUGCACAUAAUUGAUUUUCAGAUUCGACAGGGGAGCCAAUGGAUAACUCUAAUCCAAGCUUUUGCAGCCCGACCUGGAGGGCCACCUCAUAUUAGGAUUACAGGUAUCGAUGAUUCUACGUCCGCGUAUGCACGUGGAGGAGGACUGUGUAUUGUGGGACAGAAGCUAUCUAAGCUCGCUCAGACUUUCAAAGUACCUUUCGAAUUUCAUUCUGCAGCCAUGUCCGGAUGUGAGAUUCAGCUUGAAAAUCUUGGAAUUCGACCUGGUGAGGCCUUGGCAGUGAAUUUUGCAUUCAUGUUAAAUCACAUGCCUGAUGAAAGUGUCAGCACUGAAAAUCAUCGAGAUGGUUUAUUGAGGUUGGUCAAAAGCCUAAAUCCCAAAGUGGUGACCUUAGUUGAACAAGAAUCCAAUACGAAUACUGCAGCAUUUUUUCCUAGGUUCCUUGAAGCACUAGACUAUUAUACAGCUAUGUUUGAAUCAAUUGAUGCAACUCUCCCCAGGGAUCGCAAGGAGCGAAUCAGCAUUGAGCAACAUUGUUUAGCAAGGGAUGUUGUCAACAUUAUAGCAUGUGAGGGAAUGGAGAGGGGGGAACGGCACGAGCUUCUUGGGAAAUGGAAGUCGCGAUUCAAAAUGGCUGGUUUUAGUCCAUACCCCUUGAGUUCUUUGGUAAACGCUACAAUCAGGAUGUUGCUUCAAAACUACUGCAAUAAAUAUAGGCUUGAAGAAAGAGAUGGAGCUCUAUAUCUUGGUUGGUUGAAUAGAGAUUUGAUUGCUUCUUGUGCUUGGAAGUGAUAUUCCUGUAUUGAGGUCUCAGCCAAAAUCAUAUUCGUAUUUGUAUUUUCCUGAUUUUCCCCAAAUGCUGAACAAGGCUCAAUAUUUGAACCAAAUAUGUGCUCUGUAACUUUUGGUGUAAUUUGUAACCAAGAUCUUUGAAAAAUGCAAUCUGCUUUCCGUUCUGCAAAGAGGUUUUUGCAGGAGAAUUUAUGCAAAAAUAGAAUAUCAAACUAA